AUGUAUGGUCUCAAGCACUUGCCUCUUCUCGCUUUGACCCUCUUUUCAUCGGGCAGCUUUGCCAAGUCGACGACGAUCGGUCUGCAAACUGCCAAAGGUAGUCGGUCGGUGAGUGUGCCGCUGGACACUUGUCACCUCAUUGAUGAGGACGAGGUGUACACUGUCUUUACUUCACGUUACUGCCGCGUCUUCGUGGGCACUGUGUGUAAUGGACGUCAAACACUGCUUGGGAAGGGGGAACACUCUACGGAAAUCCCUGUGCCUCUUGGGAGUGUGUAUUGCGAGUCGUGA